AUGGUUCGUGUCGUUACAUCAUGCAUGUUGAUUAUAGUGGUUGUUUCAAUGAUUGAUGCAGGUUCCAUUGCAGACGCAAAAGCGCUAUUCAGUAACAUUACAAAUGGGUAUAACAAGGACAUUAGGCCAAUUGGUGAUCAGAACGGAACGUUGACUGUAUAUAUCGAUACGGAUCUCCUUACUAUCCAGGACUUUGAUGAGGUUUCUGGAACUUUGAAUAUUCUUGCCGUAUUCCUUAUUCAUUGGAAUGACGUCUCCUUAAGUUGGGAUCCAGCUUUGUACGGUGAUAUUAGUGAGACAGAGAUUGGUCAAAAUAACAUAUGGCUUCCUAGACUCUUCAAUAUCAAAUCUUCAGACAAAUUUCGUGCUAUCAGUAAUUCUUAUCUGUCGGUGAAGAUUGAUCACUAUGGCGAAGUCUUUUGGCAACCUGGCAGUUUUAUUGACAUCAAAUGUAACCCGGAUGUGUCAUAUUUUCCGUUUGAUAUACAGACAUGUUAUAUCCAACUAAUAGCAUGGGGUUAUUCACAACAACGAAUCAAACUUGAGCCACUGCGUCCAGAGUUAUCUCUAGAAUUUUAUGAACCUAAUGGAGAAUGGUCUUUGGAUAAUACUGCCACCGGGACACAUUCGGUCAGUGGAUAUAGUACAGCCACUUUUAAUAUCACAAUUUCACGACUUCCUGCCUUUCAUGUUGUCAACACACUGAUGCCAAUCUAUCUGCUGCUACUGAUGAAUCCACUUGUGUUUGUGUUGCCGUGUGACUCUGGAGAACGUGUUGGGUUUAGUUUGACUGUUUUCCUAACGUUUACUGUUUUUAUCACCAUUAUCAAUGCUGUACUUCCUGCUAAUUCAGACAGCAUGUCAAGACUAUCCUACUUUAUCUUUUCCGUCCUUGUUGUCAGUGGCGUCAUAGCAUCCGUCAACAUCCUCCAACUUCGUAUGUACCACAAGGAUGACAACUUGCCAGUACCUCAAUGGUUGCGUAGACUCAUGCGAAUCCUUGAUUGUCAUUUCAAGUCCAGAAGAAGAGUUAUUGAGGUAUGUCCUCACAAAUCAGACCAAACACCAUCAACUAAAAAUACCAGUAGGAAAGGAAUUCAACUCACUGAAGAAGAAGAGACAGUGGAAGUAGUACCGGAAAUGACGUGGAAGGAGGUCGUGCGCAUUCUGGACAAAUUCUAUGCAUGCUUAUUCUUUGCAGUGAUAACUGUGUUCAUCGUUGUUACUUUAGUGGUUUUGUACAAGGGAAAUAGGUGAUCUCUACCAGACGUAUUUAAUCUGUGUGAUAUAAACUCGGGUAAAUAAUAAACAGUGGAAAGCAAUACUUACUCCUUACCUUUUAAUAUGGGAACUAUAUAUCUUAAUCAUUAUCUUUAUAGUAAUUUUUAAGCUGGAAAAAUUUCAUUCAAACUUAUAUAACCUCGGUAUUAUAAACCCUAUGAAAGUAAUAAAUCGAGAAAAGCAUUGCUUAUACUGUAAUGUGAUAACUGUACUUACCCUUGUGAGUAUAGUGAUUUUUCACUAUGGACAUAAGUUAUCCAAAAACAGACUUGUUUGCAUACAGCCUCUGUGGUUAAACACAGGUUAAAAGUUGAAAUCAAUUGUUUAACUGACUGUGACAUUUAUGAUUGUUAAUAUCAGGUAGAUUUUUUUAGGUGCUAUGUUUCCCGUCUAAUUAAGUAAUUUAUUACAUAAAAAACAACU